AUGAGAGUCGUGGUGCUGGCCGCGGGUUACGGCACUCGGCUUCACCGGGAGCUGGAGGCCGAGCGGCGGGCGGAGCUGCGGGCGCUGCUCGGUACGCCUAAAGCCCUGCUGCCCGUCGGCGCUCAGCCGCUGCUGUCGCGCUGGAUGGGCCUCCUCGGGGGCCGCGUGGCCGACGUCUGCGUCGUGACUAACGAGCUGCACCGCCGGCGCUUCGACGACUGGGCCAGGAGCUUCCCGGGAGUUCGCGUGGUCAGCGACGGCACCACAACUGACCAGGGCCGUCUGGGUGCCGUUGGCAGUCUGCACUUUGCCAUCAGCCACUUUGGAAUUGCUGAUCACGUCCUCGUCAUCGGAGGAGACACUUUACUCACCCAGGACUUCCGCCUCCCCGACUUCCUGCAGACGUUUCGAGAUCUGCAAGCCACGAGAGCCUCUGCCAGUCUGGUCCUGUCCUACCAGUGCGCAGAAGAAGAGACCUCCAAGUAUGGCAUCCUGGAAGUGGAUGAAGAUGGGCGCGUCACGUCAAUGAAGGAGAAGCCCUGUGCCAGUGCCACGACUUCGCGCAGAGCGUGCCCCUGCCUCUACCUGCUGUCCCGGGAGGCCAUCUCACUGGUGCCGACGUUUCUGGAGGAGAAGAAGAGUGCACCGCUGGAGACCAAGGACGCCCCUGGCCUCUUUCUAUCCUGGCUUAUAGUGAGGUGCCCUGUUUACGUCUACGAGGUUUCUGGCCGCUUUGAUGUUGGGAAUGUCACCUCGUACCUCGAGUGCCACUCGUACUUUCAGAAUAAGGAACUCUGAGCAGGUGGCAGAGAUGGCGCCUCACGGUGGUCCCGGCGAGUGUCGUCACACACUGAACAGUUGAGGCCGUAGCCGUGGGCACACACGAGAGAAAUAAAAUGUGGCUUAGGAACACAAGA